GCUAGCGCCUAACGCAGUUUUAUUUUGAUGAUAUUAUUUCCGGGUUUGCGGUGGGCUACGUUGUAAGUUUUCAAGUUAAUUGCUGCUCAUUAAAUUGUUCAAAAUGAGUUCCAACGGCAAACAUGAUGCAUCUAAGGGAAUAAACAGAGAAGAACUGUGCCGAAAACUUACCGAAGAAGUCAGGAAACUUAGAGAUAAAUCUCACAGGAGUGGCCUAUCCAGUGCAGAACUUGUCGACCUGUUGACGAAGUCCAAGUCAAAACUUCCCAGGCGUGGAACAGCGGGCAAAGGCAGCCUGAUCAGCAAAGCUAAAGUUCGGUCGCUGGUGCUGACUUUGUUCUUACCGAUCGUACUGGGAUUUUCGAUUGUCUAUUUUCGCCAGGAAAUCUGGUCUUACUUCGUGGAAGACCCAUGCCUGAUCAGCAGCAGCUUUGUCCUGUCCGAGAUGGGCAGGCCAUUGGCCUCGUGCGAACUGUGCCGCAACCUGACCGCGGUACCGGUGUACGAGAGCAUCACGCCCGCCGAGUUUGUGGCAAAACACGCUUACAACAUCCGUCCGGCUCUCGUGACAGGGGCUACGAUUACAUGGACUGCUAUGGAGACGUUCAGUUUCGAUUACUUCAAGGAGCUGUACGGCAGUCAUCCCGAUGCUUUGCGGGCCGUGGAGGAGGAGUGUCAGUUCUUUCCGUACAACACGGAGUUUAUCUCGCUUGAGGACGCCUUCCAAAUGUCGCCCGAGAGAGCGGCUCUCAACGACGGCGAGAAAAAGUGGUAUUUUGGUUGGAGCAAUUGUGAUCCACUUGUGGCCGAAGAGCUUCGUCGGCAUUAUGAGAGACCGUACUUUCUGCCAGAGAGCUCCGAGUCCAGUGCUCUGGAUUGGAUAUUCAUGGGAGGACCGGGAAAAGGAGCCGGAAUUCAUUUAGACAAUGUAGCCAAACCAUCCUGGCAAGCCCAGCUUUCCGGCAAGAAGACCUGGACCCUUCUCCCGUUACCGGAAUGUGAGAAUAUCUGUCAUGAACUGAAAGUGACCGUCAACACGGGCGACAUCAUUGUCCUGGAUACCAAUCAGUGGUAUCACACCACGCAGAUUCACCCGGGCAAAAUAAGCAUCACCAUUGGCUCCGAGUUUGACUGAAGACUAGUGGCCCAAGUAAGAAUUCUGCCCCAUUAAACCUGCUGCCUGCUUGCCAUCUGCACAGUCCCUUGCUGGCUGCUGUGGGUCCUAGCUUUAUAUGCUGUUACCGUGUCUUUUGUAGAUUUUGUUUUCUUUGCAUUUGGGUCAUUUUUCAAAUGUAGGUUCAAAGUGUACUAUUUGUGACUGUUCUGGUAAGACCUAAAACCGCUUAGCAAAAGUUGAUAAUAAGCUGUACAAGUUCUUUUCAGAACCAAAUAUCUACUAAGCAGUAGUUAUUACCACAUGGUGUUACCGCAAACCGAAAUGAUAAACGUUGUGUUGAUCCAGAAAGUAUCAAUUUGGAUCGUAAAUUUGUCAUUUGGACCCAGAUGAUUGCCAUGUCAAAUCUAACUCGGAUUCAACUGAACUUCAAUGAAAUAGUAUGCGGAAACCGAAAAUUGGAAGUAAAACUGCUUGAUUCCGGAACGGC